GAGAACGAGGAUGUCUGCUGGUGCGUCGCCCAGUGGGCUGUUGCCUCUGCCUCUGCUUUUUUAAGGCAAGAUCGUCUUGGCGAGACAGUGUCCGGAAUGAUGAUGAUCUCAUCUGCUCAGCAGCACCAAAUGGAACCUCGUCCAGAGCCAGACCGAAUCAGCGCCGUACCUCUGCUCGGUGUCAGUCUUCAGCUUCUGCUCGCGACUCAUUUUCGGCACGGCAACUCUUCUGCCUCACACGAUUCCAACUCUUUCUGAGCACUGUUUUCGAUUUUUAA